AUGACGUCAGCACGGAAGUGGAACAAGUAUAUUCACAGUUUGAUUGGAAAUUCUGCUUCUUCUGUGCCCUCAGAUGUCCGAGAGGAGAUCCAGAGACUCCUCCAGAAGACUGACGCCAGAUUAACUUCGAAGCUUGUCGCAAAGUCAUUGGACAAGCUGUGGUCUGCUCAGGGUUUUCGGACCCGCAUCCGGGCGCUGAAGACCAUGAAGGCCGGCGAGGUGCACAAGAAGUUCUUGGCCAUGACCCGCGAAGGAGGGAUAUCUAUUCCUGGGCAAAACGCUGCCGCUACAGCCAGCGGGUCAGCCGAGCAGCAACCCAGACCUCCGGCCGCAGCUAAGGCGAAAGCAGCUGCCAAGCCGCAGGGCAAGGCCACGGCAUCCAAGGACGCCGACAAGCAGGAAGUGCCGGGCACGCUGGUGGCGACCCAGUGGCCAGGCCCUAUACUUACUUCUCGCCCUACGCGUGGUUCGCAGGGCGUACAUUUUUGCACACCGGACCAGGCAUGGUGGCUAAUGGGGGACUUCAAGACUGAGCCGAGUGCGACAGCCUUGGCCAUCGUUGUCCCUGGUGCGAAGAAGGAGCUCGAGGCCCUGGCCGACGGCCAGCUCUUCCAGACCAGCCACCCGUGCAAGGAGGUGACUAUCAUUGUUAAGCUCAAGGGCACCGACACCGAGGCCCCGAUGUCAGCCUGCGUCUGGCAGCUGUCGGGGGUGGCCGGCCCCACCAUCGAGAUCCUGCAGCAGGACCAUGCCGCUAUCGACAUUGAGGACGCUGUGCGAACGGCCAAGCACGUCGUCUGUCUUGCUGUCUGGGAGCAGCACGCGCCUGCUGAUAUUUGGUCUGCUGCCCUCAAGGCGCUGGGCCCCAAGGCAAAGGGGAAGGCGAAGGAGGAACAGACCGACGACUCCAGGGACCGGCACCGCACCUUCGUGGAGGCGUGGGUCCAGCAGGUCGACUCGAAUGCUAUCGUCUACAGGGCUUGGUCUCCCAAGCUAUUCGAGAAGUCGGGAGGCAAACGCUCCGUCAGCGUGCUCGCUGUGGUGACGGAAGAGACCUCCAAGACCCUCCGGGCCGGCAGUGGCAAGGAUGGCAAAUUUUGUUGGAUCGCCCACCUCGGCGACGCCACUGCCCAGGCCGCCGAGGACAAGGCGGCGCCGAUCGUGUGGUUCAAGAGCGGCACCGACCUUCCCGCAGCACUGGCUGUGAUGGAUACUCUUGACGGGCAGCGCGGACUCGUGCCUGCUCCCCAACGCCUUGGCGUCCGAGUGGCAGCUGAACAUCAUGAAGCUGCCUCUCUGCGGAUCGUGGGGUCGCUCACGGCCCCUGGCCGCCAGAAGUCGUGCACUGUACGGGGCGUCCCGCUGGAGUUGGACGGCGAGGCGUUGCAGACGGCCCUCGCCAAGCAGCCCUUCGGGUGGGAGGUCACCUUCGACCGCAUGUUCGACACUCGCGUCGGCCGUGGGCCCUCCAGCCAGCUGCAAUUCUGCUGUGUGGUCCGUGCGGCUGCGCCGCCGCCGAAGCCACACGUCCGGCUCGGCGCCCACUUGUGCACCAUCGCGGAGGUGAUCAAGCCCUCCAAGGGCCAGAGCCGCGGCAGCGCCGACCCCAAGUCGGCCGAGCCGCCUGCGGAUGACCUCAUGGGCGGAGGUGCAGCCGAACUACCGGAAGCUGAGGCCGCAGGCACUGCAGCACCUGCAGAAGCCGCACUCGCCAAGGCUGCUUCUCCGGCCUCCCAGCGCGUGGCGGCCGCUUCCAUGCAGGUCAACCCCGCGGCCAUGGAGAUGCUCCGCGGCCUCGUGACGGAGGAGGUUGCCAAGCAGGUGCGCGCCGCCAGCGCGGCCGCCCAGGCCUCCGCCGACGCAGCCACGGCAGCUGCCACCGCUGCCACGGCUGCGGCCACCCAGUGCCAGUCGGACCUCGCCGCCCUGCAGGCUAACAUGGUCACACCUGCAGCUCGGUCCGACUCCCUGGCCAGCAACAACAAGACGUUGAUGGACGGGCUGCGCGCCAUGCUCGCGCAGAACCAGCAGCAGGGCGGGGCGCCUGCACCAUCAUCGCCGUGCGGGGCGCCUGCACCAUCAUCGCCACCAGCGGCGGCACUUCCAAAGGGGCCACCAAAGGCAGCAGCGCCUCCGACGUUCUUGUGCCCGGGGCCUACCAGGGGUACCAGAGGCCGCUUCUGUACAUACAUUUUCUUCUUCUUGCAAUGGUUUGCUGGUGUCGACGCUGCGGCGCAUCCACUGUUCACCAUUCAGACUGCUAAUGUGACGUCGGCCUUGGGGCGUGCUCCCGUGCUCGCCGCAUGGGCAAAGCAGGCCCACAUCGCAGCUGUCCAGGAGACCAAGCUGGGCAGCAAGGCGCAGGUUGACUUCGCUAGCGGCCUGAAGGCCUCCGACUCGGACAUCUGCUCCGCCCGGUGGAAAGCCGUUUGCCUCCCCGGUGUUGCCCACAUUGCCACCUUCUACGGCAUCAGCGGCGUCCGCUCCUACCGGGCGGGGCUCGACUUCACCGCCAACGAGCGGCACCUGCGUGCGGUUUUCGCGUGGGGGGAGGCCCAAGGAGGCCGGCCAGUGAUUAUUACAUGUGAUUUCAACGCCGAUGCUGACGCCAGCCCCGUCUUGGCCGCCGCCCUCAGCACUGACAGGUGGUACGACUGCGGCGCCUCCAUGGGGGGCGUGAGCCCUACGUAUUAUCGUUCAGAGGCGGAUCGUCAUGCAGGAGUCGGUGGCUCGCGAAUCGACCUCAUCAUUGUGAAUGCGGCUGCGCAUGCGGCCCUCCGGCGAUUCCGCCGGGCAGAUUUUGCUGUUCCGCUUCACUGUGCCCUCACAGCGUCCUUCGACUUCGGUUCCCUGGCCAGGGAGCGCUGGAUCGUCCUCGCCCCUGCACCGCUCGGGGUCAGCGCUCUUGCCCGAGACGACAUCGACUCCGAGGGCCCGAAGGAGACUGCUGCGGCUGUCUGGGCUAACGUCGAACCGCAGUUCUAUGCAGCCCUCGGGGCGGCUGCUUCGGCACCUGCCGAGGAGGCCCAAGCGCUGGUCAACGAGGCCAUGACGCUCUGGAGUGACGCGGCCCAGCUCUACCUCCGACUACGCGUGGGAGACGUCACGGGCGUUGUUCCUCCUGAUGACGGUGCGCGUCGCUGCCGAGCCCCACGCUUUCAGAAGCAGCGCAUUGUUGCACCAUAUCUUCAUAAACGGCCUGAGCUGGGCGCUGCUACGCAACCCAUGCUGCAGGCAGAGAAACUUUUGCGGUGCUUGCGACAGCUCCGCGCCAAGCAGAGGAGGAUCAAUUUAGACAAGUUGGACCUCCGGCGCCUUGGCGACGCGGCGGUCCCGACCACCAACACCGCCAAGCAGUCCGUGUCCUCGCCGUUCUGGGUCGAGUACUACAACCUGCUCGGUAACACGCGGAUCCUCCUUCGCCGCUUGGAGGGCCCGCCGGCGGGACCAGAUGAUGAGGGCACAACGCGCCUCCACCUGGCCAACGUCAACCUGGGGACCUGCACAGGCAUUUUGGCAGCAGAGGAGGCCACAGAUCGGUACAUCCUUGACUUGGCACAUGUGCGCCGGCAGCUUCGGUGUCGGCGCUGGGCUGACAAAAUGCACGCUGCCACCAGCGGCCGCGCCUCCGCCCCGCUCUUCCGCCACAUCAAGCAGGCUGGGGGGGUCCAGGAGAAGGUUGCCCGCCACCUGCGGCGCCCCGACGGCUCCCUGACCGUGGACCCCCUUGAGAUGCACAAGAUGUGCAAGGAGACCUGGCACGCCAUUUUCAACAUCUGGCAGGCUGGGCCUGCAGCGGGCGGUCCUGACCACGUUCUGCCUGCAGCUCCCUCUUGGGAGAACUACUUGCACCAGCUCCGGGGCCACAUCCCUACGGCCACAUGCACAUUCCCGGAGUUCGACGAGCGCAUGCUGCGUCGAAAGAUUGCCUCCAUGGAUGGGCAGAGGGCCGCAGGCGCGGUGCAGCGGCAGCUUCACGUCCAGAAGCUGUUCUUCGGCAUCGGCGGCGCCAUCAGCGACUUCUACCAGCUCUCCAACGGCUUCGGCCAGGGCGACUCCUUUGCCAUCCUUGUGACCACGGCGCACAUGGCAGUCUGGACACGGCUGGUUGAGGCCGGCGGGCUCUCUACAGGGGGAUUUUUCGACGACUCCCACCUCGCAGCCGCGUCCGCCAGUCUCAUUCGGGAGGGCGUCUCCCGGUCCCUGCUGUUCGACGAGCUGAGCGGCCAGCAGACCAACAUGGACAAGACAGUCGCUUUCGGCACCUCGGCAGAGUUGACAGGUGAGCUGGGGCAGAUUACGAUCAAUGGCACGCCCUUGCGCAUCACUGCGGUUCUGCACCUUCUCGGCGCGUGCCUGCCCAUCUCCCCGGGCCCCGAGGACGACGUGAGCAUAUACGCGGCUGAUCGCUACACGUCUGCCUUCAACUCGGUGCGCCGCGUAGCGACGCUGCCGGUAGAUUUUGGGACGAAGUGCCAGCUCAUCAGCACCGGUGCGCUGUCCAAGCUCUACGGGAUGGAGUACUCGACGCCCUCGGAGAAGCAGCUGACGGCUCUUGGCACGGCCGUCCUGGACGCUGCGUGGGGGGACGGCCGGUAUGCACGCUCCCGAGCCGUAUUCUUUACGGUACUCACCAGAGGGCACAUGUUGGACCCCUGGCAGUGCUUGCGCUACAACACCAUACGGACUUGGCUCCGCUAUCUUCGCAGCUCCGCCGCGGGCCUGCGACAAUUUACGGCUGUUCGUUCCCUCCUGGUGGCAGGCGGCUCAGGGUCCUUCCAGGGGCCCACAGCGAGACUCUUGCAAUACUUCGAGGAUAUCGAAUGGAAUCUGUUCAACGUAGACAUCCUGAUCACCCACAGUGGCGAGCCGAUCCGCUGGUUGGAACUCCAGCGCGGGGCUGCCGUGGUCGACGUCGACGCCUCUGCUGCACUCCUGCGGGCGCCCACGAAGCUUACGAAGCUGCAGCGGGGCAUUCUGCGGACGUAUCUUGCGGGAGCGGUGAACACGCAGGACCGCCUCGGCGCCAUCGCCGAGGAGACCCUCAGGAGACGAGCCCGCGGUGCUGCCGCUGCCGCCCCCGGGCCUGCGGGAGCCGGAGGCGAUCCGCCCGCGCCCGCUAGCCUGACCAGGGUGUGUCAGCUCUGCGGAGAAGAGGUGGAGACCACAGACCACAUCCUCGAGCGCUGCAGCCACCCCGCCAUUGUGGCCGCCAGGGAGGAGUGGACCACCCCAGACCUCCGCGAGCUGGGCCCCUCGCUGCCCACCUGCGCGCGGCUGUGCGGCUUGGCAGUGGAAGAUCCGCGCGAUGAAGCAGCGCGGCUUGCACUGCCGCCCGUGCAGGGCCACGGCGAGCCGCCGCCGCGCCUGGAGACCGACGACGCCGUAGAGAUCUUCACUGCGGAUGGCUUCCUCAUCGCAGCUGGGGACGGCGCGUGUCAUCAUCAGCAUCUUCCCCUUGCUCGGCGAGCAGGGUUUGGAGCAUUCUACGGCCGCAACCACAGCGCCAACUUCGGCCUCCCCUUGCGUGGCUGUGAGCAGACCGCCCAGAGAGCCGAGGUCGCGGCAUGUGCUCGUGUGCUGGCGCACAGCUGGCGGCCCACAGAGUAUUGGACGGACAGUGAUCUCGUAUUCUUGGGAUUCGAGCGCCUGCUGGCCGGACUCCGGCCCUCCCCAGAGCAUUGUGAUCUCUGGGCCAACAUUGCCACCGCUUAUCAUGCCAAAGGGGGUUCCGACCAUUUCCGUGUACGCAAAGUGCGAGGUCACGACCAGAAUUGGGAGGCGGAGGACCCAGACAACCCUACGGAUGAUGAGCGGCAGCGCAUGCUGGAAGCCCUCAUGAAUGCUGGGGCCGACAGGCGUGCCGUCGCGGGCUCGGACCAGCGCGCGCCCUGCGACGACCUGGUCCGCAGGGUGGCUGUCCGUGCCACCGUGACGCGUGCCGUUCAGCGGCGUGCUGUGGCCAUUCUGGAGGCCCGCGGGCUGCUGCUGGAGGAGGCCGGCCGCGCGCCCCACCAGCAGAUGCAGUCGUGGCAGCAGGCCCAGGCAGGGGACCAGCCGCCGGCCGACCAGCAACCAGGACAACACCACUUCCCGGAGUAUCCGUGGGAACCGAUUCCCAUUGUGGGGAACACGCGCCCAGACCUGACCGAGGCGCUCCCACCGCUGCUCAACAGGACUGCUCUGAAAUCAGGUAUCGGCAUAUGCACACAUUGGCGAUACCCUGAUGCCAUGCUUCUUUCUCUGCACUGGUACUGGUCCACGCUGCAGUUUCCUGUGUCACCGCAGCCCGGUGACGUCGGAGCCACCUUCCUAGAGCUGGCCCUGGACUACAUGUACGCGACACAUGUGGUUCCGCAGGAGGCGAAUGCAGCAGGAGUCCCGAAGGCGCACCGGUUGCAGGAAUACUUUGCGUCUGCCUCCCGCCGCCUGGCGCAGAUCUGCCGCUCAACGCGCCUUCUUGCGCGCCUCAAGCCAGGCGGCUGGAAUGCCCCGUCGCGGAGGGUGCUGGCGGCGCGGCGUCUGGAGCUCCCAGACCUCCACGGAGUCCCAGUCCGCCCCCGAUUGCUAUGCCCACAGCAUGUGGCUACGGCUAUGCUGCAUAUUGCUCGGCUGAACGGCAGCAACCGCACCCAGCCCAAGCAGAUGCCACAGGUCACCGUCGGCAGUCUCCCGUACCCCCUGUGGUCCCCUCCAGGAUCCGACGGGCCGGCUGCCCAGCCACUGCAGGGCGAGGCGCGAGGCUCUGCGCCUGCCAUGCCACGGCGCCGUGGCCCCAGCCAGGGAGCCACGUUCGCUGAGCUGCUCCAGGUUGCGUGGACACCUGAAGAGCAGCAGGCGAUUGCAGUUGCAGUUGCAGCUGUGUCGGCGCAGGGCGAUCGCUUCGGGCAGGCGAUCCGCCGACAAAAGGAGCGGGAGAUGAAACGCCUCCUGCACAACAGGACUGCGGUGGCUGAGCAGCGCCACGUUGUCCUGCCUCUCGGUGGCCGGCAGGGCCAGUGCCUCCGCUGCGAGCACUGCGACCGGACGGCCGUCGCCGACUCGUUCGCCUCUUUCCUGAGGGGGCGCUGUCUCGGCCGGGAGGCGCCUCAGACCAACCGCCAGGCCCAGAUCCAGCGGGCCAAGCGGGAGGACCGCAUCGAGACGCACAAUCAGCAGGCGGAGGCCGAACAGAGACACCACCUCGGCCUCCAGCUCCAUCAGGGCAAGGAGCUGCUGCAGUGCAGUCGGUGCAAAGAGUUCAUGCCUAUGGACGGCCGCGGUGUGUUCCCGGCCAUGACUACUGAGAGCUGCAUCCUCCUGCUGCCCGCGGCGGAGCAGCCAGCAGCCCUGGCGCGGCGCCAGGCCAGAUAUGCCCAGAUGCGUGCCCUCGGCGUCGAGCCGCUGGCCGCCGCUGCUCGGGCAGACUAA